GGCUGAAAAAUGAAUUUAUAGUUAGCUUCCGGUUUUUGCUGUAUCCCUUCUAGUCACAACCAGGCAGCUGCGGUUAUCAUGGCGGCUUACAGAAGCGCUGCAGGUUUUCAAAGAGUUUUGCAUGCUGUUAAGCAUGUCUGUUUUAGCAAGCAGAGGUGCGGUGUUAUAAUCUGCCGGUACUCUACAGUAUAUGACCCAAAUGAGAAGACCUUUGAUAAAAUCCUCAUUGCAAACAGAGGCGAGAUCGCCUGCAGGGUGAUUAAAACAUGUAAGAAGAUGGGCAUCAAGACAGUCGCAGUUCACAGUGAUGUGGACUCCAGUGCGGUUCACGUGAAGGUGGCUGAUGAGGCUGUGUGUGUUGGCCCUGCCCCUACAAGUAAAAGUUAUCUGAACAUGGAUGCUAUCAUGAACGCCAUCAAGCAGACUGGAGCUCAAGCUGUUCAUCCUGGCUAUGGAUUCCUGUCUGAAAAUAAGGAGUUUGCCAAGAGACUGGCGGCCGAGGGGGUGACCUUCAUUGGUCCUGACACGCAUGCCAUCCAGGCCAUGGGGGAUAAGAUCGAGAGCAAACUCAUCGCCAAAGCUGCCAAAGUCAACACCAUCCCAGGAUUUGAUGGGGUGGUCAAGGAUGCAAAAGAGGCUGUGAAAAUUGCAGGAGAAAUUGGCUACCCUGUCAUGAUAAAGGCAUCCGCUGGUGGAGGCGGGAAAGGGAUGAGGAUUGCCUGGAAUGAUGAGGAAACCAGGUGAGACGGUUUCUUCAAGUCACUUCAGUCAUUGUCAACACAGUCUCAGGUGUUGAUUUAUUAUUAUAUCAAUUAAAACAACCCACGCCAUGCUCGUUUGCAGGUGUUGGCAGACAAACACGGCAAUGCUCUGUGGUUGAAUGAGAGAGAGUGCUCCAUCCAGAGAAGAAACCAGAAAGUGGUGGAGGAGGCCCCCAGCACCUUUCUGGACCCAGACACCCGGAGAGCGAUGGGAGAGCAGGCUGUGUCUCUGGCGAAUGCAGUGAAAUACUCCUCAGCUGGCACUGUGGAGUUUCUUGUCGACUCCAAGAAGAACUUCUACUUCUUGGAGAUGAACACACGUCUACAGGUGGAGCAUCCCAUCACUGAGUGUAUCACAGGACUGGAUCUGGUGCAGCAGAUGAUCCGCAUUGCAAAGGGCUACAAACUCCAGCACAAACAGUCUGACAUACCCAUAAAUGGCUGGGCCGUCGAGAGCAGAGUCUAUGCUGAGGAUCCAUACAAAUCAUUUGGUCUCCCCUCCAUCGGCCGGCUGUCACAGUACCAGGAGCCACUUGACCUGCCCAAUGUUCGAGUAGACAGUGGAAUUCAAGAAGGAAGUGACAUCAGUAUCUACUAUGAUCCCAUGAUUUCUAAGCUGGUCACAUAUGGUAAAACACGUGAAGAAGCUCUGAAGAAAAUGGAAGAUGCACUUGAUAAUUAUGUCAUCAGAGGUGUGACCCAUAACAUUCCUUUACUGAGAGAGAUUAUUGUUCACCCUCGGUUUGUGUCUGGUGUUAUCAGCACUAAGUUUCUCCCAGAGGUGUAUCCUGAUGGGUUCAAAGGUCACAUGUUAACAGCAGGAGAGCGACGGGAGCUGCUGGCUACGGCUGCGGCUCUUUAUGUAGCAGCACAGCUCCGAUCUCAGAAGUUCCUGGGAGAUCUGAGGGUGUCCGUUGUUCCUGCAGAGAGCAGACAGUGGGAGCUGUGUGUGGAACUUGAUAAAAGCGUUCACAUGCUGGGUGUGUCUCGGUCUGGAAACAACUAUACAGUGGAGAUAGAUGGAGAGAAGGUUGAAGUGUCUGGAGAAUGGAACUUGGCCUCAGCAUUGCUGCCCAUCACCAUCAACGGCAAACACAGGACUCUCCAGUGCCUCUUGCGGACAGCGGCUGGAGAAAUCUCCCUGCAGUAUUUGGGCACUUCAUUUAAGCUGCGUGUGCUGAGUAAACUGGCAGCAUCUCUCAGUAAACACAUGCCAGAGAAGGUUCCAGAAGACACCAGUAGUAUCCUCCGCUCUCCCAUGCCAGGAUCUGUGGUGGCUGUGUCCGUUAAACCAGGAGAUAAUGUUGCAGAGGGACAGGAGAUCUGUGUGAUUGAAGCCAUGAAGAUGCAGAACAGCAUGACCGCAGCAAAGACAGCCAAGGUGAAGAGUGUGCACUGUAAAGCUGGAGAUACAGUCGGAGAGGGAGAUCUACUGGUAGAACUGGAGUAGUCAGUCGCUGUGGAUAAACAAUCAAAGACACUAGUAGACUAGAUGAAUCAUUCCUCAUGGUUUUACUCUGAUUUUUUACAUUAUCGCUAUAAUAUAUCCAUCUCCCUGCAAUCUAGCUGGAUUCCAGUGAAGGAAAUGUCAAAACACUUACACUCUCUCGUGCCUUGGCCCUCCGUUGGAGGUGUUUUCAUUUCACAUGGAACAAACCACAAUUUGACAUCAGCAGCAGUGAAUGAGUUUGAACGCAUCUUCAAAUGCAGUCAGUGAAAGCAGUUGACAUUCUCUCUACUCGCUGUGUUGAUUUAGCAUUGUUUAGAGGAAGUGCUGUGAAUGUUUUGCAUUGCUGCAACUCAUUUUUAAUUAUAAGGUUAUAUUAUGCAAUGAUUUUUCUGCUCCAUGAAUAUUCAAGAAUAAUAUAGGUCUAUUCACUCAUCUACAAAUCAACAGUCCCACACUCGUCUAUUUAAGUGUUUCCAUAGAACUUGUACCUCAUUUCUGUCAUCAAAUGCAUUCAACUCAAUUAGUGAUUAUUUCUGCACUUAGGUCUGUAGGUGCACUGUUCAAACACUUCAUUUGCUUGGGCUUUAAUUGUUCAGUCGUUUCCCCUCUUUCUAAAAUUGUGAAUCCGGAAGGAGCGGACCAUUAACAGAAGGAGAAGGCAGAUAUGAUUACUCAGAAACUAACAGACAGCUGUGGUCAGGCUUGGAGGAGGCACUUAGAUCCACUUUCUGUCUGUACCUGUUUUGAGAAAAAAUAAAGUGUUAUAAUAAAAAUGGGAUUAAUGUAAACAUUCCAAGUGCUCAUGAUUGCUUGAAGCCCUAGGCUUGGGAAGGAAACGCAUGAAAUGCAUGAUUUGAUUGAAUGCUGUGUGGCAGCAGCUAUUUCC